AUGGAUGUAUUGAAUAAAAAUCGUAGGAAUAGAUAUGAUAGGGUUAUGUCUCGUGUGAGUAAUCAGCCUCGGUCUGCAUCGAAGUCGAAUUCUUUUGUUACGCGCCAUGAUAUACCAUCAUCGGUGCGAGUUGGCGCGAAACCAUCUGUUUCAAAUGUGAGUUCAAGUGUUUUCAGUGAACUUCCAACAGUUUUGAACGAUUUUGUGCCAGAAUCGAGUGGUAAGAAAGUGAGUAAAACGUUUGUGGUGAAGCCCCGUAAGACUCUAAAAUCUUUGGACCCUUCGAAAUCGCGUCCAAUUUUAAAUCCUAAAGAGUUAAAUAAGAAACCUUCGAAUAACCGUGUGCCCGUCUCAGCUCCCUCAGUUUUGCGUGCUAAUGGAGAGAAAUGGUCUGAAACGCAUCUAAGGGAUUGCUUAUCCAGCAGAUCUCACUCAAGAUUAAAAGAACUAAAGAAUGAGAUUCAUGCUUACCAUGAAACAGAAAAGCUAAUGAGAAUCCGCAGUAGUUUGUUCAAGAAGUGUGGUGUAGUUUUGGAUGAUGUGGGUAACAUAGCUGCUGAUAAAGCUGUCCAGGUAGAAGAAUUGGCAUCCAUAGAUCAUGCCGAAGUGCCAAAUGAAACUAGGUAA